AUGGCAACAAAAGUUGAUCAACCUAAAACUCGCAUCUUAGUUCUGCAUGGCUUUUAUGAUAGCGCAGAAAAUCGUCAAAACCAAAUGCGUUCUUUAAUUCGUUCCAUGAAAGAUAUUGAAUUUAUUUUUAUUAAUUCACCAUUUCCAUUUGUUGACUAUGGGUUCCUGAAAUCGUCCGAUAAUACUUCAAAUGAACAACGAUAUCAGUGGUGGUCUUAUAAUCCUGAAUGGUCAGUUGCAAACUAUAAUUAUGAUACAAUUCAAGAAAGUAUUGAAUAUAUAGUGAAUUAUAUUGAUCACAAUGGGCCAUUUCAUGGUUUAUUAGGAUUUUCUCAAGGUGCAAUUGUUUGUACGGCAAUGCAUUUAAAUAUUCCUAAUUGGCCACUUCUUCCUAGUUGUAUUAAGUUUAUUAUUCUAAUUGGCUGUCCACCAAUUAAUGAUCAUAACAUUAAACCAAUAUUAGAAACACUGAAUACACAAAAUCAAUCGGUACCAUCUUUGCAUAUUUCAGGCAUCAAUGAUACUUUAAUAUCAACAGAAAUGAGUGAAUCUCUUUUCAAAUAUUUUAAUUCAUCAUUAGCUGAAUUUUAUAAGCACAAUGGAGGGCAUUAUUGCCCAAGUAAUUCUGAUUUUAGACAAAAGUUAAGAGAUUUUAUUCAACGUGCAAAUCAUUCUUAA